CAGAAAAAAAAAUCUUCUUUGCAGUCCGGCUUCUUCUCUCUCUCCUUCUCUUUUCAUUUUAUUUUAUAUCCCAAAAAUCUAAUAAUAACGAUGAUGAGAAUGUCUUCCUCUAGUUUUCCCCUCUCUCUAAAUCCUAAACCUUUUCACCCCCACAAGCAAUCUCACAGCACACUCUCUCCACUCCAAUUCUCCAAGCACACAACAGUACUACCAAUCUCAGGCUCUACUCUUUCAAAACCUCAUUACAUCUGCUUCUCUUCUAAUCCAGACCGAGAGGAAUCCUUUUGGCUCCGAGAGGAACAGCGGUGGCUACGUGAAGAGGAACGGUGGCUCCGUGAAGAGAAGCGGUGGAGCCGCGACAGAGAAUCGCUCCUCACUCAAAUACAAUCCUUAAAGCUUCAAAUCGAAGCACUAGAGAAUCGAAUCUCAGUCCUUCAAGGAGGAGAGGAUACGGUAGCUAAAGUAGGGCUGUUACUGCAGGUUUUGAAGGACAAGAAUAAUAACAGUUUGAUUGCAGAGAGUGGGUCCAGUGCGAGACCUCUUGUGUUGGAGGAGAAUGUGGUGGAAGAACAGAAGGAAGUGAUUGAUAGGGUUUUGGAGGAGAAGAAGGAGAAGAAGGAGAAGGAGAGGAAAACCCUAAGGAAAGGAAGCGAAGGAAAACAAGUAAAAGAGAUGCAGGACGCUUUGCAAAAAUUGGGAUUUUACUCAGGGGAAGAAGACAUGGAAUAUUCUAGCUUCUCAAGUGGUACUGAACGUGCUGUGAAGACCUGGCAAGCAUCUUUAGGUGCCUCUGAAGAUGGAAUAAUGACAACAGAGCUCCUCAAAAGGUUAUAUAUGGAGCAACAUAUUGAUGCUCCGAUUUCAAGUAUUAGCGAAACUCAAAAGGGAAGCGCUCAAACUGUUCCAGCAGAGGAAGGUUCUGAUGGAGCUGCUGUUACGUCGGUAACAGAAAUCUCAGAAAUACAUCAGAAAGUUGUGAAAGAAGAAGCAACAGAAGUUGAGGUAUCGCAUCAUAGAGUAUUUCUUCUGGGGGAGAAUCGUUGGGAAGAACCUUCUAGACUUAAUGGCAGAAAGAAACAAGUUAGUGGGGGCAAAACGAAGGAUUCCACAAAACAGUGCCUUACAUGUCGUGGGGAGGGUCGUUUGUUGUGCACAGAAUGUGAUGGUACUGGCGAGCCAAACGUGGAGCCCCAGUUUUUGGAAUGGGUUAAUGAAGGAGCAAAUUGUCCUUACUGUGAAGGCCUAGGGUAUACAAUAUGUGAUGUGUGUGAAGGAAAAACAACAAUUUAGGUAUAGCGGAUACUUUUUUGAUAUAUCUGUAUACAAGCAGGUCUUAAUCUUACAUGCAGCAAGAGCCUUGUAUUAUAGAUCCAGGAUACAGCAUCCAUAAUCGACAUCAUCAAAUUCUUUAUGCAA